UCGUUUUCUGUUCUUUGGUGCAGCAGCAGCAGCAGCGACGGGCCGUGAGCUUGUGUUGAGUUUCGAUUUAAAGCUUUCGUAACUGCAGGGAUUCAUCUUCUUGUUUCUUUCGGUAAAGUCACGUAGAAGGGAAGUAAUAAAAUAAUAAAAAUAAAACAUAAUAAAAUAAUUAUCACGACGUUUCGGCCACAACGCAAGCAGCCGUCCUCACCUGAGGACUUCCCUUCUACGUGACUUUACCUCCUUGUGUUGAGUGUCCACGAGUCAAGCGGAGGAGAGACGGCGCGGAUUGUCACCAUGAGGAUGAGGAGGAAAGGCGACUUGUACAGCUGCUGUCGGCUCGCGUGUCUCCUGCUGGCCCUGGCUGUUCUUGCCACCGCAAUCGAAGGCCCAGCUGUGAAUUCAGAAUGUGCCAAAGGAUCCUACAGAUCGGAGAUUGGUCACUGCUGCCUGUUGUGUCGAGCAGGGUCACACAAGACAAUGGACUGUGCAUCGGAGGGCCAGAAUGCCAUGUGUGAAGUUUGCCCUCAUGACCAGUACAUGGACCAAGACAAUAAUGCCCCGCGUUGUGAAAAUUGCAGCCGCUGCAGAGAAGAUGAGGAAGCUGUUGUGAACUGCUCUGUGGCCCAGGACACCAAAUGUGAUUGCAAAGAUGGACUCAAGAGAGACCCCACCUCAGAUACUUGUGUCCCGAUUGGAGUUAAUUGGCUUGCUAUCCUUUUUGGGAUUAUCGUGAUCAUUCUGGUGUUCACCAUUCUGGCGCUCAUCGCUUUCAAGCGGAAAUUAUUUCCCGAACACUGGACGAAAGAGGCUGAAGAAAAAUGGAAAUUGAUUAAGAAAAAAGUUCAAAGACCAGGACAGCUAAAGACACGGAAUCUCAUCCAGGCCAAUAAGGACAGGCUGACAGCAUGGAUCGGAAUGGAUCCAUUCCCUAUUCUGGAGUACAUGGAUACGCAUUCUCUGAUCACACGGGAGGUCUACAAUGAAGCCAAGAAAGAGCAUGGACCAGAAUGUGCAAACUACUUGCUGUUGAAAUGUAUUGCUGCUGGUAACAGCCAAUGCCAGAGGCUGCUGGAAGCACUCCUUGAUGUGCAUGAAAGCUACCCUCAGAUGCAGACAUGGCUGAUGGACCUGGACGUCAAGCGGCUGAUUCCAACGUUCGAGGGAAUCUUCCGCAAGAAGGUUCGCAGAGCGAAACCUGACCUCAAGCACUGGAUCGGUGUGGAGACUCAACCCCUCGUGGAGCAUAUGAAGAGGCAGAACUCCACGAUGAUGCAACAAAUCCCUGAUGGCUUCCCAUCAUCCUCUGAUCUCAUUGACUUUGUCAUUGAUCAUGAGGAGGAGUUCUGUCGGGCACUGGUGUCUGCCUUGAAGGAUCUGCCAGAUCAGUAUCCAAAUGCCCAGCCUUGGCUGAAUCGGUCCCGUAUUUGAUCUAAAAUGCCGCUGCGAGAAUUAUAAGCUCAAAAUCGAAUCCCGAAUCGAUUUAAAUAUCUAAAUUGCAGUCUUCAAGAUCCUCCAUGCCAACGUUGCCCAGGGUAUCUCUCUACUCCACUCCACGCACUCUCCCACCUCUCUCUCUACUCCACUCUACGCACUCUCCCACCUCUUCUGUCUCAUCUGACCUCACUCCCUUAUGUGCAUUCUACAUCCUAGCAGCUGAGACUUCCAUUCUGUCAAAGCCACCAGUCAACCUUUGUUCAGUGGGAGGUCGCUCUUUAUCCUCUGCUGCCCCCAAGGUCUGGAACUGCCUUCCCCCAGCCCGCACACGCCACUGCCUGCCCCUGCUCAGGUCCAGACCCAACACUGCUUUGUUUCCACAUCCGAUAGCUGCCUAUCAAAUAAACAGCUGUUUCUGUACAGUGCCUUGGGAUGCAGGUGCAUGAAGGCACUGCAUAUUGAAUGCUCUGGGUUCGAGUGCUAUGGAUGGGUCUCUCUCCCAAAUUGUGUCACAGUGCAUCUAUCUGAAUAUUAUAUUAAGGCAGCGGCACUCAUAUAGUAGUCCUAGCAGUCGCUAAGCCAUCGAUGGGGCCGUGGUUUCAAACGUUCCUGCGGGUGUCACGAGCCAUUUCCCCUAGCCAGGCCUACUGGAUAGGCUUCAUGUCCACAUCAUCUACCACGAUGAUGAUCUGUGAGUAGCACCAUGCUGAGCGUCAGAGUCCUGGGUUAUGUUUCUGAGCUCCCAACUUGAGUUAAAUGAAGCGAUGGUAUCUGGUGUGCCUGAUACCAUCUGUUUCAUCACUAAAGCCUGCGGUCAUUGUGUUUUAAAUUCUUAAUGUUAGUUAAUGGGUGAUAUGUUCCAUGUACAUUGUCUUAAAAAGUUACUGUAUAGUGGAAUCUUUCCUAAAUAUAUCGUAUGUUCUUUAUCUAUUACGUGUUUUAAGUUAGGUUUAUCGGUGCAUAUUUCCUCUAUAGAACUUUGUUGUACAGUUUGUUCUCCUGUAACGCUGCGUUUUCAUAAUGCAAAUUGUAUAGAACACAAUUUGCGUGAACAGAACCACGUAGCGCGAGUAGGAAUAAGCGGUUGUACGGCUGCCUCGGCGUAGCGUCAUCGCCACACGAGGCAUUGGGAUGCUGCUGGAUGCUUCUAGAUGCUACCCACGCCUCGGUGAUUGUUCAGCCUGCAUACGCAUCUCACGUGUUAUCGCCGACCGCUUUAUUUAUGAAACGCGAUUUUCCCAUUACGCGGUGUUCGUCAGGAACGCAACCACUACCGCGUUAUAGGAGAGCAGACUGUACUCUGAAAAUAUUGGUGCAUAAGUGGCCGUGGUGCUGAGAAUAUCGGUGCCCCUGUGAUGAAUCUGACUGCUCAGGUUUACUGAUGUGAUGGUCUCAGCUCGGUCACCAACAACUGCCCAUGAAAAAAAAACAUUACACCAAAUUUCAUUAUGCACUUAAUUUGGGAACAUUCCAGCUCUGAAAUUUGUAAAGAGAGUUGACGGUCAUGCAGUGAACAUUACUCUCAUCUGGCAGGGCAGAUGAGAAAGCAGUAUCCCAUUCUGUGUAGACCCAGGUCACUUGAAGCGAUCUCGGAGGUGGCUCUGUGGUAUCGGCUUCUUUGCGCCAUUCACGAACACAACACGUCGCACUCUGGUGUGAGAGAUCAGACUAGAUCAUUUGUGUUCAAUUUAAAGCUUUCGUGACUGCAGGGAUUCAUCUUCUUGUUUCUUUCAGUAAAGUCACGUAGA